AUGAACAGAGAUAUUGAAGAUGGUAGAGAGGAAGCGAAUAUCCGAAACUCUACAAGAAGUUGUCCUGGGAGUUUUUCUUCCUCUUCGACAGCUUCAAAUAAUAAUCGAGCACAGUUCCCUAGAAGGUCUUUAAAAAAUUUACGAAUCAUGGUCGGGAAAAACCUUCAACCAUAUGUCCAAAGUGACAGAACGGGUUGCUUGGAGGAAAUCAGAGAAGGCAAGGAAUUCGAUGAUGCUUCAACUAGCAAAACAAACGAGGUCGAGGAGGAGGAAGCGAGAAACUCUAUAUCGCGAGGAAGCAUACGAAGUAUAUCAGUUCGCUUAGAAGAGAAUAUCCAUAAGAAUUACUAUACAAUAGCAUAUUCGGUAGUUAUUAUAGCCUAUUUGAUAGGUUUCGCAGAAUACCUCUAUUUACGUCUUGUUUCGUUACUGAUACCUGAUCAUACAUAUCAUCAUCCAUCGUGUGAGGGUAAAGCAAGUCGCAGAAUCGGAAAAGAUGGCUUCCACUAUGGAGUUUCAUUAGCAGCAUUCAUUGUCAUUGCUUUGUUUCAGCUCAUAUGUUUUUUUGGUUUGACUAUAUCAGAAAAUUGGACAAUUUGCAAUUUACCGGAGUCGGAUGAUGAAGCUAUCAAGAAGAAGCAUGCUAUAGCUGCACAUGUGCGCAAACUAUUAGGAAAAACCAUAUACAGAUUGUUCACCUGUUAUGGGAUUUGCUCAGCAAUAAACUGUGGAAUUAUAUUCUACAUGGUUGGAAUUCAGGACUCUCUUGGAGACACUGUUUCCACCAUUUUUCUAUAUAUGUUUGACGCCAUCAUCAUCUUAUACUUCAUCGCUUUUCCUCUAACAACCAUCAUAUAUCAUCCUCAAGUGCAAUGUUUCCGUCGAGAGCCUACCAUUCAUCAGUUGGCACCUAAUUUAGUUCCAGCUGUUCCAAUUCGGUCUCAAAGCAGCACUCUAGAGAGCACAGUAGGAGGAUUAGAAGAAUAUGCUCAUAGCCCUCGGAGACCUCAUAGAACAACAACAGUUGUUUAA